AUGACCAGGUGCAACGAGCGUCAGAAAUAUUCAGGACGAGAGGAUGGCCCGCCACGGCAUGACGAGACGUUGAUGGCGGUGACGCGCCUCGAAGUGCAGGCAUGGAAGAUGCAGGCGCGGCGACUCUCAACAGAGGCGCAUGCAGAAGAGCACGCAGCCUCUGAGCUCCGCGCCGAAGUGGCCUCCGAGAAGUCCAAGGCGCAGCUCGCGAAGGAGGCUUUCUUGGCACAGACGAACGCUGAAACGGAUGUUCUCCGGAGGCUGGAGGAGGCGUGGCGCGAGUUGCACCUGCUCGAAAGAGCUGCCGCGGAAGUUCGGAAUUCAGUCACUGAGGAGCAACAGGAGCGACACCGCUCUUCGCCGGAAAUGCUCCAGGCCUUGCGGCAAGGAGAGCUGGAAGCACAGAUUGCGCGGGUGCAGCAUUUCUGGACCAAGCGGCAUUCGGAGGCGGUGCGGGAACAGCUGCGAGGUUUACAACGCCAUCGUGACGAAAUCCAUGUCGAGGAGCAUGCUUGGCUACGCAAAGAGCUUGAAUUCACGGAGCAGUGGCAUCUCUUGCUUGCACGAAGUUCAACUGUGAAGGCAAGCUUGCUCAGAGCACUUAGCCUAUAUGGCCAGUGA